AUGCCUUCACCGCCUUCCAUGCUCGACGAUCAGCACGCUCGUCAACGCCACCUAAAUACAGCACCUCCUGCUAAUGCUACGACCGCCGCUUCAAUCUGGGCUCCUCAACCUCAGCCGUCUGAGACGACGUGGCCUCGUACACUCGACUCUUUCUCCAGAGUUGUAGCUGAACGCGAAGAGCCUAAUCAUCCGCAACAGCAGGAGCAGCAGUGUCAGGUUUCCGUGCGCCCAGAGUUGCACCACUCCUCGAGCAUGCCUUCGCCGGGUCAUCCUCUUGUGACUCGCGAAGAUGUCUUCGGUCCAGCGCCUCAGGCCAAGGAUAUGAGGUUUCCUUAUCAGCAACAUCAGCAGCAGCCACCCACGAAGGAAAUCGGCGUCAUUGGCGAUGGUAGGAAGACGAUUACGCCUGAACUGGAUAAUUCGCACGUAGAGCAGCUACUUCGUACUUUAAACCUCAAUUCGCCCGAGCCUUACCAUCUCAAACAAAAGCCUUCUUCGCUCAAUCUCCACCUUGAUCAAUCAGCAUCUCGUUCGCCCGAUUUCUCACCAAUUUCCAUCUCUUCCACUCUUCCUACUCCUACAGACCUUUCUCCCGCACGUUCGUUCGUUGAAAACGGCAGCUACAAGCAAUACGUUGGCUUGAACUCGCCGACCGACUUCGUUUCAGCAGCUCGCCCUGGUGCUAAUGCAUAUCUAGCUCAGCAGCACGCUUUGAUUUACGACCCACCUUCCCCCACUCGUAUAGGGAACAAUUACUCUACCUCCUACACUAAUAACGCCAACGGGGCGCAACCAGCCUCUCAGACGUCCGGUGCCGCGAAUUGCAUUCAUUCCCCUGACGCGUCUGCUUAUUCUCACUUGCUCAAAACGUUCAUGGAACAGCAAUCUCCUGCUACGAGCGCCUCCAACAACAUGUUUCUUUCCUAUUCUCCAUUUACCAAUCAUUCAGCCGCUCUCGCUUUAGCAUCCGCCAACGUUAACCAGAAGCUUUUCAGCAUCAGUGAAUCUCCAACCACAGCUGUACCGGCUCAACUCCAAACAAGCCUUCGCCGUACAUCAGGUUCGGUUGAGGGCUCUCUUCCUUCAUUUAGCAAUACCAAUCACAUGGCGGAUUCGCUCUCUCGAGGUUUAGCUGGUGCGGCCUUACCUUCAGAGUGGGCGUCAAUGCAAAUUCCUCCCCAGGUGUUGCAGCAUCAAGCCAUGCUCGCUCAUCAGCAGCAGCGCCAGACGACGGCUGCCUCACUCCAGUCGUAUCAACAUCAGCAGCAAGCUCAGGUUGAUGGCUCGAUUGGACUUGGUUUGCCUUUGGGGGAAUGGCGAAGGAUGGUUGAGGACGGGAGACUUCCGCCUUCCAUCAGUCAUAACGGCGGGUCGAAUGCCAUCUCAUCGGCGGGUGGAGCAGUAGGACUCGGAAUUGUCGGUUAUGGAAGCGCAGCCAGUUCUGGUACGGAAACGGUUCACAGUAGCUUGAGCGGUGGUGGAAUUGAAGACUCUAUUCACGCACCUCAGCACCUCAGAUCUCUUUCAUCUUACGCCUCUCCAUAUCCUAGCACAUAUCCUAGCGGCCAACAGCAACAACAGCAGCAAUCUCUUCCAUCGGAGUCUCAGGCCACUUCUCACACCAACUCUCAUCAGAGGCACUCCACUCAAGGCAGUCCUAGGGACUCGCAUGAACCUCUUCAACCCAUCAAUUUCUUGUCUUUACUUCAUCCUUCGAGUUCGCCGCCGUAUCAUUCCUUCGUCGCUAGGAUUAUCAAGAACAGCGACCAACAGGCCAGCAUCUUUCUGCAACAAAAACUGAAGGUCGCCGAUGCGGCUGAGCGAAGCAAGAUUGUGGAUGCGAUUUGUGCGCGAGGUUACGAGAUGAUGGCUCAUCGGUUCGGUAAUUGGGCGGUACAGCGAUGCCUCGAAGCUGCCUCGACAGCUGAGGAGAGGAAGAAGAUUGUCUCGUGUAUGAGAGGCCGUAUCGUCGAGUUGGCGACCAACUGCUACGGGUGCCACGUCCUUCAAAAAGCGCUUGAUUGCGAGGAAGAAAUUCGUUUUCUAAUCGUCUCCGAGUUGCUGUUGGGAGAUCCAGCGCAGACGCUGGUGAACAAGCAUGCCAGUCACGUUUGGAGCAAGAUUAUGGAGUUAUCCUGGACUCCUCCUGCUCCUCCCAUUUUUGCCUAUGUGAACAAGUCUCUUCGGGGCAAGUGGGCUGCUCUGGCCUGCCACGAAACGGGUUCCUUAGUUGUUCAGCAUGCUUUUGAGAAUCUUGAAGACCACGCCAAGGAUGAUAUCGUCGAUGAGUUGUUGAGUCAAGGUCCCGCGGUGUUCAGUGAGGUCACAAAGAACCAGUGGGGAAGCUACUGUGUUCAACACAUUCUCGAACACGGCUCAGAUAAACACCGCCAGGUCACCUUGGAGCUUUUGAUCAACGACUUGUUGGACUACGCCACCAAUGAGCAGGGCUACAAGAGCAUUACGAAGGCUUUGAAGGAGGGCGGCAAGGAUACCUUGAAUAUGGUCGUCAAGAGGAUGUGCGAGCCUGCGAAGAGCGGUUCUCGACGCGCUACGAUCGUCGAUCUUGCCCUAUCGGCUACUGGCAGCCAGCUGAUUGCGAGCGUUCUACCUUCGGCCGACAAGGAUCAACGUGCCUCAUUGUACGAAUGUAUUCGUGGCCAUAUCGUUACACUUCGUGGUUGCAAGACUGGCUCGAAAGUCAUCUGGUUGUUUGACCGUAUGCGCGCUUACUAUGGCUACUAAGCUCGUCGAAACGUUUCACACUCCUCUGCAAUAUUGCUGCUCUUCAUUCGAUUUUUUCACUGUCUCGUCGAUCUUGUCGCCGUUUCUCCAUUGCUACAUCCGCCGCUGGCGUGCCGCGGUCAAUUUCUUUCGACUUCAUCAUCCACCCACUGCAAAUAUCUCACUACCCUUCAGCUCAAGUUCCAAUUGCAUCUCAAAACCAUCACGCUCAUCAUGUUAUUCGUUAUAAAUCUUAGGGCAGCAUCCCAGCCUUAACGAAGGGGUGCUUCGGCCCGUCGCGGUCAAUCUUAUAGCAGGAAAUUCGAAACUUUCGCCAAUCGUAAAGCAUUCAAAACGUAAAUCAAUCAUCAUACAGCAUACACCCAUUCGCAUACGAACUUUGAACCAUCCAUUAUCAAUCACAUAUCUUCGCCUGCUUCACGGCAUAAUAUUACCAUUUCGCAUAAUCGCUAGAUAUUCCAGUCACAUCAAAACGAGCUUUGUCUCUUAGAUCUUUUCCACCACACUGCCACCUUGUUCAUAUACUUUUCCCCCCCUCAUCUUCCUGCCCCUCCUAUUUCUUAAAGAUUUCCUUUUGUUCAUUUUUGUUGCAACUCGUCCAACGCCAAUAUUUGUCGUUUGUCGUUGGUCGGCCGUAGAAGAUCUUUUAGCUCGUGCUUCGUAAAACUCCUCUAGCUUGGACACCUCCUUCCCG